CUCAGAUGUGUAAGAGUCACACUCACAAAUACACGGCCAUCAAAGUCGCUCCACGCAUUCAGCCGCCGAGCUUUCCCUCUCCACCUCUUCUUUCUAUCUACAGCUACAGCUACAGCCGUUAGGAAGUAGCCUGGCCGCCAUCCGCGCUGGAUGGCGCCUUCCUUCACCACUCCAUGAAGUAUGAGUCACCUGCGACGUGACACGCAGACCGAACAAGAGACAAAGAGACUCGGCAAGAGGUCAUCUCGUUGACCCGUGUUGAACAGUCCAGCCCCACUCACUCACUCACUCACCCACGCACUCACCGGUGUGCUGCUGGUCUGGUGCUGGGCGUGUCGCAUUACCGCCUCCCCUGCCCCCGAAUGCAAAACUCCACAGGUCGGCUGGAAGCCGAGAGGAAUCCAGUGGGUCCUCCCAAGCCCGACCUUGCCGCAUCUUCUUGCGGCAGGGCUCAUAAGUCAGCUGGCCGUGUGCCUGCCUCCUGGUCAUGGAGCACCUUCCCGGGUUUCCGUCAGCAAUCUCGAUACCGUCGAAACGUGCCUGACGCACGCCGGUGUGUGCUGUCGUGGACGUCAGCUCUGAGGGCGCUGCGCUCCGCGCUGUGCUCCACUCGGUAUCUUCGCUCUGGCUGCGAUGGCUCUGUGCGUCGUCAACAUCCAUCGGCAUCAAGAGAGGUGACCGAGAGCGGGGCUCCAUCUCAGGUUGGCGGUCGCGAACUUGCGGCGGCAACUGCGGCAAGGAGCCAGACAAUGGGAGAUGGAAUGGCUGGCCUGCAUCCAACACAGAGGAAACGCACAGGCGUGAACGACAUUCAUUGGCUGAGUUCGUCACACCGAGUGUACCACGCGUCUGACGAUAUAGCCGUUGCUGUGAGUCCUGGUGCGCUGACGCGUCAAACUGCGAUGGAUGACUCUGUCGGCACAUCCCGAUUAAGCAGACAGAACAGAGGGAGAGCCUUUUUCCGCAG